UACAGCGAAGUGAGGGAAUGUUUCUUUAAUCUUGUAUACGAUAGAACAACAGUUCAUUUACGUGUUUGAAAAAGCAAUUGUGAGUGUACCAUGACGUCACAUGCAAUGGCGUCACACACUAACCACGUCACUUCACCACAGAUGGUUGUACGUUGGAAGACAAGCGCGACUUCCUCGCCGAAGUUGACACGAUGAUGCGAAUCGGUAACCAUCGUCACGUGGUGGCGCUAGUGGGCGCAUGUGAGCAUGACCACGUGAUGUACCUCUGCACCGAGUUCGCCCCCCUCGGAUCCUUGCUACAGUUCCUACGUAGAAGCAGGAGGUUGGAGGGGUCAGAUGGAACGUACACAUCAUUGUCCCAAUCCCAGCUGUUAAAGUUCGCUCAUGACGUCACACAAGGGAUGACGUACUUGAGUGAGAAACAGAUAAUCCACCGUGAUUUGGCGGCCAGGAACAUUCUACUUGGUGAUGGAUACGUUUGUAAGAUAGCUGACUUCGGUUUAUCCAGGGGGGAAGGGGUGUACGUGAAGAAGACGGUAUCAAGGUUGCCUAUACGAUGGAUGGCUAUCGAGAGUUUGAACUAUAAUGUAUAUACAUCCAAGAGUGACGUUUGGUCGUUCGGUGUUCUUCUGUGGGAGAUAGUGAGCCUUGGGGGAACCCCCUAUUGUGGGAUGUCUUGCGCUGAGCUUUACGAGAAACUCCCCACUGGGUACCGAAUGGAAAAACCACUCAACUGUGACGACGAAGUAUACGGGUUGAUGUACCAAUGUUGGAAGAACAGACCCUACGACCGUCCCACCUUCUCACAGCUCUCUAUCGCCCUCGAACGGAUGUGCGACGCGAGGAGUAGCAGGAACUACGUAAACACCGCGAUCUUCGACGAUUUUAAAUUCGCGAACAUUGACGUGAAUGAAGAGGAGGCGUGACGUCACUAUUAAUGAUGUCACCACGAUUGAUAUGACGGAGUCGUUACGUCACUGUGGAAGGGGAUUUUGUUUAAAGGCGUCAUCAGUUGGGCACAUCUGAGGCCUGGGGUUUAGGUCUAUUACCCCAACACCCAGGGUACUACCAUCUAGACCCCACUGAGGCAGUUUAUAGACACUCUGGAAUAGAGAUUCUAUUAUAUAAGGGUGAGGUCUUCAGUAAGGCACACCUGAGACCCGAAAUGUAUUUUGUAAAUCUAUUCUUGGAAUUGUGUUUAUUAUUUGCGCCAUUUUUAUCGUCGCCAAACAAGAAUUUAAAAUAUAUCGACUACGCGCUCGA